AAAACAAUGUCUUCCUUUAAUUCACCGUGUGCGGCUUGCAAGUUUCUGAGGCGGAAGUGUACUCUCGAGUGCGUUUUCGCUCCCUAUUUCCCCUCCGACGAUCCGCAGAAAUUCGCGAGUGUUCACAAGGUGUUUGGUGCAAGUAACGUCGCGAAACUGCUUAAUGAACUCAAUGCGGCGCAGCGCAAGGAUGCGGUGGAGUCAUUGGCGUAUGAAGCUGAAGCGCGUCUUCGAGAUCCAGUUUAUGGAUGUGUAGGAUUAAUCUCGGUCCUUCAACACAAACUUAGGCAAGUGCAGAGUGAUAUCUUCACUGCUAAGAAAGAACUUGCAACCUAUAUAGGGCCCCAGGCAAUGCUUCCUAUGAUACAACCCACACAUGGUUUUAUGCCACAACAACAUUUAGGCAUUAAUCCAUCGUCGUCGCACAAUUUGAUGAAUGUGAUGAAUGCGCCUAUGAUGGGGAUUCCUACUGUUCAAACACAUAGCGCUCCGUUGGUGAUUAGGGAGCCUCGGCAUCAACAACAACAACAACAACAACAACAGUAUCAUCAGUAUCCGCAUCCGCAACAGCAGAUGUAUGAAGCUCAACAAUUGGCGGCAGUGGUUGCAGCAAGAGAGCAGGAGAUGCUAAGGGUUUAUGAGGCGCAACAGCAGCAGCAUCGGCACCAGAUCCAUCAGCAACAGGAAUUUAUUGGCUUUAAUCAGAGUGGGUUUGAGGGUGCAGGAGGUUCAGUCACUGCCACUGGUUUUGAUCAGAUGAAUGCUGCAGCCAUGUCUCCUUCUUUGGCUUUAGGGACAUUUGAUCAUCAAUAUCAGAUUCAGCCGCAGCAACAAGAGCAUCAGCACCAUCCAAUCGAAGAACAACUCUUUUUCCACACACAGCAGCAGCCCCCUCAGACCCAACAACAACAACCACAAGAAACACUACAACCACCACAAAACCAGAGGUCUGGAAGCGACGAGGGUAGAACUGGUGGACUGCCUUGA